AUGGGGCCCCUGGGCAAUAGGGGAUCAUGGGGCCCCUGUGUCCUUCCCAAACUCAAAAAAGCCUAUGAAAAAGGUACCAGGGGCAUCUCAUGGGGCCCCCUACUGACCCAGGGCCCUCGGGCAGUGCCCGAGUUACCAAAUGGUCAGUCCGCCCCUGGCUAUUUCUCCUUGGGAUGAUCCUGAGUAAGACUGCUUUAGACAUACAGAGUUUUUUUUCAGUGCUAGCUGGGAUGACCAGAAGCUGUUUAUUGCUGUCUGUGUCCCCUUUAGGGAGAUUCACU